CAAUGCGCACAGACACUGCUCCCCGAAGGGAGGGGAGUGGGCAGAGGCUGCGCCCAAUGAGGCAGCGCCCGGAGCGGGACUUCCUUCGGGGAUUCCACUGCAGAGAGCAGCCGGGGAGCGGAGGUGACACCUGCUGCUAAACCGCCUGGGGUGGGGGGGCUCCGGGACCCGAGGAGGGACUAUGGGCAACGGGAUGUGCUCCAGAAAACAGAAGCGGAUUUUCCAGACCUUUUUGCUCCUGACCGUCGCGUUUGGCUUCCUCUACGGGGCCGUGCUGUACUACGAGUUACAGAGCCAGCUGAGGAAAGCCGAGGCGGUGGCACUCAAGUACCAGCAGCACCAAGAGUCGCUCUCAGCCCAGCUACAAGUUGUCUAUGAGCACAGGUCAAGAUUAGAAAAGUCUUUACAGAAGGAAAGGCUUGAACAUAAGAAAGCAAAAGAAGACUUUCUUGUUUAUAAAUUGGAAGCACAAGAAACACUAAAUAAAGGAAGGCAAGAUUCAAAUAGCAGAUAUAGCACACUGAAUGUACAACACCAAAUGUUGAAGAGUCAACAUGAAGAAUUAAAAAAACAGCAUGCAGACCUUGAGGAGGAACACCGAAAACAAGGAGAAGACUUUAGAAGAACAUUCAGCGAUCACAAGCAGAAAUAUGUACAAAUACAGGAAGAGAAAGAGCAGGAACUCUCCAAGCUAAAGGAAUCUCUGUAUAAUUUGCGUGAGGAGAAUAGACACCUGAGAAAAGCACACCAAGAUAUUCAUACCCAGCUACAAGAUGUCAAGCAACAGCAUAAGAAUUUACUCUCCCAACAUGACCAGCUUGUAGUGACGUUGGAAGACCACAAGAGUGCACUAGCUGCUGCACAGUCCCAGGUAGAAGAAUAUAAACAGCUGAAGGACACACUCAACAAAAUGCCAAGUUUUCGACAACCUGAAAAGUUAGAGCAGCCAAAUGUUCCACAGGAAGCGGCACUGGUGGGAGCAACAUCUCCAAAUAGUGACCUCCCAGCACAUGAGAAAAAUGCAGCUGAAGAGCAAAAAGAGGUACCCCAGAAUGAGGAGAAGCCACAGGAAAGGGAAGAAAUAAAUUCCAAGAGAAGAGAAGAUGAAGAUGAAACUUUACAUUUGAGCAGAAAAGCAAAUGAGGGUCACCUUCACAAAGAACUGAAUAUUCAGCAGCAACAAGAAGCAGGAGAAGAUGAAGAGCAACACAUGGACCAAGUUGAAGAGGAGCACAGAAAAGAACUUGAGGAGGAGGAAAUGGAGCAGGCAGGGCAACCUGAGCACUUGGUGGAAGAACAAGAUCAAGCACCAGAAGAACAUGACUGGAAAGAACGGGAACAUAAAGAAGAAGCAGCCAACAUGCUGGGUGAACACGUUCACUCAGAGAGAGUAACAAAAAGAUACAAAUUGGCCUAUGAAGAACAGUUGGAACAGCAGCAUCUGGCUGCCCGAAGAGCUGAAGAAGCCAAACAGCUAAGGGAACAUCAGGAAUCUCUACACCAGCAGAGGCUGAAAGGGCAGUUAUUACGGCAGCAGCAGCUUCAAGAAAAAGAGCUUGCACUACGGAGACAGGCUGAACGAGGAGAAGAGCAGUACAAAAACCAGCUAAGCCAACAAGCUCAUUAUGACAAUAUGGACCAUGAUAUUGUACAAGGAGAAGAGGGGCAAGGCAUCCACGAAGAGGAUGGAGUGUAUGAAAGGGACAAUCGGCACCAAGAUGAAGCUGAAGAAGUAGAAGAUCAAAUUAAUGCAAAUGAGCAGCAAGAACCAGAGCAUCAAACAGAGAACCAGCAGGCAGAUGAGCCAGCGAAGGCAGCAGUGGAAGAUGUGAACCCAGCUGAUGAUCCUAACAAUCAGGGAGAGGAUGAGUUUGAAGAAGCUGAACAAGAGAGAGAAGAGAAUCUGCCAGAUGAGAAUGAGCAGCACAAACAAAAUAAUCAGAAGCAGGAGAAUCCUGAGAUGGAGGAGCAUUUAGUGAUGGCAGGAAAUCCUGACCAGCAAGAAGAUAAUGUGGAUGAACAAUACCAAGAAGAGGGAGAAGAAGAGGUACAAGAAGAUUUGACUGAAGAGAAAAAAAAGGAACUGGAACACAAUGCUGAAGAGCCAUAUGGUGAAAAUGAUGAAAAUGUUGAUGAAAAAAACAAUGAAGGUGCAGACCAUGAGCAAGGAGUUCAUGAAGAGAACAACGCAAAAGAAGGUCAUGAAGAAAAUUAUGAGGAGGAAGAGGAGGAUGAGGAGGAAGGUGGUGCCAUUGCAGCAAAAGCCCAUAGAAGAGGGGAAAUGUAACUCUUUGUUGUUUUAUGGGUUAUGUUCAACAAAAGAUUCUUGCUUGAAAUGAACUUUUUUCUAAGGAUAUUUAAUUACAAUAAUUCAAACUUUGCCUUUUAUGUUUUUUACUUUUCUAUUAGAUGCUUUCAUACAUAUAUGUGAAUACACUAUUUUGAUAUUCUAGAUUAGCAUCUCUUUUAUAUUAAGGCAACACAAAGACAGACAGUGAAAUAGGUCUCAUUCUUGUCAUAAUUCUGGUAAUGUUUUAAAAGAAUAUUUUUGGUAUAAAUUUAAACUUUCCUAUUGUCCAAGUUUGGAAAGAGCAUUCAGUCUACACUGUAACUUAUAUGGGAAGUGAUCUCGGGCCUGAAACUACUCAACGUUAGUCACUCAAAUAGUUUCAUUGCCUUCAGUGAUUCAUGGGUGAGUAAGGGCUAGCUGAAUUACACACUGAAGCCCCCAUAAGCAUUACAGGAUUGGUUUAACAUUUAGGCCACAAAUGAGCAGUCCCAUUGGCUUUAAUGGGACUAUUUGCAUGCUUAAAGGUAAACAUUGGCAUGUGUGUUUGCAGGAUCUGAUCUCAGUAUGUAGAUGCAGUGCAACUUUAAAACAUGCAAGCUAUAAAAGCUUUAAGAAUAUGGUGUUGUUAAUAGCUGUUAAGGUUAACAGCUGUUUAUGUACAAUUAUUAUAAACUUAAUUUUAAUAUGUAUCAAGGUGUUUCAGUUACAAAAAUCACAGCAGAUAAUAAACGAUGGAUAAAGUGGAUAAAGUACAUGUAGAAUGCAUUAUGUAAAGAACGACUCAGACAAUCUAUAGAUGCAAAAUCAAAAUAGUCCCAUCAGUUGAAAACAUACUCAGCACAGGAAGAAUGAAGGUUUACAGAAGAAUAACUGGGUGAUACUCAAACUAGUUCAUAAAAUCCGUAUCUGGCCCACUAUCCUCAAAACAUUUUAAUAAUCAUUUGUGUGUAAGGCCUGUUAAACAUGCAUUUUGGAGAGUAAAAGGGCUUAAGGCAUUUUAAGUGAGUUAAUAAGACUGGUACAAGAUAUCCCCUUCUGAAUUUAGGGCCCAACAUUUCUUGCGGAGGUCAUCCAGAGGGAUGUCUGUAUAUACACUGUUGUGCUCAGCUGCUGAAUAGCAAACCAGCGACAAAACUUCUGUAAGCACACUGCAGUGUGUUUUGCUUCCCAAGUCCUACAAUUAAUGUAAUUGAGGUGCAUGAAAAUAUACAAUGUUUGUACUGUUACACACCUUUGCUGUUUAAUUUAAAGGGGUUAGGCCUAAAGGCUAUAAUCAAACCAUUUUGGUACUCUUGAAUUAACCCCUAGAGAAUGGAAAUCUGGAUUUCUUAGGCUAUGUCCCAUUGCUGGAAAUGAGGCAUACAAUCGCUACCAGCGUGAAGGUGUUAAUAUAUAAAGGAAAGUGUGUUUCUUUUUCUCUUUACACUUCUUUUGAAUGAUGCAUAAGUAAUAUCUUUUUAGUUUAACUUUUUAAUAUGAUUGUAAUUUAAUUCAAUUUCUACUAACUCAAUUAUACUUUUUUAAAGAUGGUUUUACUAUUUCUAAUUUUUUUUAAAGUGCCCUAUAUAUUUCUUACAUUGCAUAGGAAUAUUUUGGUCAAAAUGUAUUUUUGAUUUUCUGGUUACCAUAUUUACAUUAUGUAUAAAAAUGCCUGUUUAUGUAAUACUGUAAAAUGUAUAUAAUAUGUACAUAAUCGUCAGAAUACAAUUAUUUUGAUAAAUUGGUCUGUUUUUUUUAAUGUCACUGUUGCAGAAUUUAAUUAUUUGAGGCAUAAUAAAAACUUGCCUGCAGUCAAUAAAGCUAGAAUGUGGGUUACCAGUC